AUGUGUAACUUCACCGUAACCUGCAGCUCUGGGCUCUCUGAAGGAGCCGUCUCUCGCUCGUUCAGCUGCGUCACAAACAGCUGUGACCAGAGCGACACACACUCACCUGGACACACAGACUCCUCCAUCGCCCUCUUCCUGUCAGGGUCGUCCAUCAUCUGUAACCAUAGCAACCACGUCAGCUGGAGCCAGGACACCUGGGACUAUCAGCAGGAGUGUGAAAAAAAGGGAAUAAAGGACGACAAACCCGCAGUAAUCCGCUUCAUCAUUUUUGGCGUCGUGACUUUUGUUGUGGCGCUAGUUUUAGUGUAUUUGUUCUUUGAUUUGAAACGAAGGAAAAGAAUGAAAAGAGAAAACUUGGAGGAGACUGUGUACGAUGACGUUCAGGUAAAGAUCUAUUUGAGCUGA